AUGCCGUUCCAAGCCCUCGGCGGCAUCAUCGGAUCCAACAGCGGUCCCAGCGUCAUCCAAAACACAACCACCACCGUCAGGACAUCCAACAGCCACGCCACCAUCACCCGCUCAAACCUCUCCAGCAGCAUCUUGGAAGACCUUUCUCAUCGCGACACCAUCGACAGAAGUACCCUCGAAGAAGUUACCAUCUCCGGCACUUCGGCCACCGGCGCCACCACUAUCACCCGCUCCAACAUAGCCGGCGGCUUCAUCUCCGGCGGUACUAUCUACCGGUCUACAGCCAGACACGGCACAAUCAGCGACUCUCAAUUGCACCGAAGCAACCUCGCUAACACGAAAUUACUCGGGCGGUCUACGGUGACGCAUAGCAACGCUAUUAAUUCCACUAUUCAACAAGAUGCUGUUGUGAAAAGGAGCAAUGUCACCGGGAGUGCUGUUUCCGGGAGCUGGGUGCACCGAUCCACGCUCGCCAAUUGUGAAGUGAUUGACUGUAUUCUAUCAAAAACGGAAUUCUCAGCUAUGAUGCUGAAGAACGGGGUUUGGAAGAAUGGAGUUCUGGUGGGUAAGCUGAGGGGAGGGGAUGCGGUGAUGGAGACGCGGGAUGGACGCAUCAUUCCGUUGCAGGGCGCUUGGCUAGAGACGAAGGAUGCCGGCGCUUGGCUUGAGGAGAUGUCUGCCUCAGAGUCGGAGAUGAGUGGCGAUGAGAUGAAGGAAGACACGACGACUAUUAUCAAGGGCAAGUGGACACACACCAAUCACCCAGGGCCGACUGUUACCAACCAGGCUGCGGGUAGUAUGGUGAUAGACGGGGAAAUGGAUCUCGGAGAUGCACUAUGA